AUUUUCAUCAGCCGUUAUGUUUGUUUUUCCCUCCCAUCUUCGUCUCUGCACUUCAUCCUUGUUGGAGAAACCCUAAAAAAUACACAAACAAAUGGAUAAAAAGCAGCUUCUCCUCUAAAAACCUCCUACAUAACACAAACAAACCCACCUGCCUUCCCUCUCCGGUGAAACCGCCGGCCGGUGCCGGUUAUUCGACGACAACACCCAACCCCCCUCUCGGUUCCCCUUUAACCCGACAACCACACAACCCCCCUCUCGGCUAUAACCUAUUGUGAAUGGUGUGUAUUAAGUUCAAGUUAUUUUUGCUAUGUAUUUUAGGGAAAAGGUAAAGUGAACAGGCUUGAUUAUUUUAGGACAAAGGGAUUAGUAUCUAUUCAAAAUAAUGUCAAGUCUAACCAUCAAAGAGGAGAAGACUCCAUCUUUACUACCUGCCCUGGAGCAACCAUGCCGCUGCUUUUCAAUGUCCGAGCUCAGUUCAGCAACGGACAACUUUGAUGAAAAAUGGUGCAUUGGCCAUGGGGGGUUUGGUAAGGUGUACAAAGGGAAGUUCUCUGAUGGGCCAACUAAUACCUACUAUGCCAUUAAGAGGUUGCAUUUCCAGUCCCAACAAGGAGCAACGGAGUUUUGGGUUGAAGUUGAGUUGCUUUCAAGGCUACGCCAUUGUAACAUUGUGCCUUUGAUUGGUUAUUGCAACGAGGGGAAAGAGAUGGCGCUUGUUUAUGAGUACAUGCAGAAUGGGACUCUCUAUGAUCAUCUUCACAAGAACGGUACAGUUUUGACCUGGUCUCAACGGCUCAAGAUAUGCUUAGGAGCUGCACGUGGUUUGGACUACCUGCACACUGGUACUGGAACACAACAAGGAGUCAUACACCGUGACGUGAAAAGCUCCAACAUAUUAUUGGAUCGGAAUUUUGCUGCCAAGAUUGCAGACUUCGGAUUGGCUAAAAUUGGACCGAUAAAUCAGACAUGUACGUAUGUUAGCACCACUGUCAAAGGCUCCUUUGGGUAUAUGGAUCCAAAUUAUUUCUACACUGGCAGACUGACAAGAAAAUCUGAUGUUUAUGCCUUCGGAGUUGUAUUGCUUGAGGUUUUGUCCGGAAGGCCAGCUUUGGAUGCGAGUCUAGAUGAGGGUUUAGCAAUAUGGGCUCAGGAGCUGAUCAGACGGGGAAGAGUUACUCAGAUUAUUAGUUCUAGUUUGAGGGACCACAUUUCAAAGAGUUCUUUGAAGGAAUUCUCUGGUAUUGCAGUUCGAUGUUUAAUUAGUCAUCCAAAUCAGCGUCCAACGAUGACUGAGGUUGUUGGCAGUCUUGACCGGGCUUUGUCAUUUCAAGAAAGAAAGGCUUCUUUGACCAAAGGAUGGAUCACCAUCAAUAACGUAUGGUCAUUGCUUACACUUAGAAGCUCGGGGGCAGCUGAAAGUAAAGAAAUAAGUGACAAUACAGUUAUCAAUGAGAAUAUUAGAGUAAAAGUUCCCGCUAUUGUAACCGAAGUUGUGGACCAAAGAGAGGCUCUAAAAGGACAAGAUCAGAACCAGUCAAGAUCAUCUAAUUCUCGUAGUGGAGGUGGAGGUUCAAGGGUAGAAUUGCCACAUGUGUUUAUGCUUGCUGCUGUACCUACACAAGAAGGGGAGAAUGAAGUUUCCGAUACUAGCAAUCCAGAAUAUGAUGGUGAUGAUAAUGUUGCUGAUAAAGGUGACGCUGAAUGGGUUGAACAAUAUGCGCCUGGUGUGUAUGUAACCCUUAAGGUUUUACGAGAUGGUACCAAAUACAUCCAAAGAGUUCGCUUCAGCCGUAAGAUGUUUUCUGAGCGCCAAGCUGAACAAUGGUGGUUAGAAAACAGAGAAAAAAUUUGUGAAGAAUAUAUGUUAUCGAGGCUUGCUGAAUCUCUACGACCACCUACCUAGUACUAAAUAAAGAUGUUUAAAUUUUUAUAUGGUGAAAAAUUGAAAAUUGAAUUCAUGUAUCUUAUCUAUCUUAAGUGGUGCUUUUGCCUCUAUUAUGUACUUAAAAUUGGGUCCAUUUGGGCUUAAAAUACAAGAGUACGAGUUCCUUUUGGCUGUG